GUUUAUGUAACUUAUCCAACCUUCUCUUCCAUUGCUGAAUUCAGCAAAAAUGAUCAGAAACAUUUCAAAAACACCAUACUUUAUUUAUCUUCUUUUAUUAGUAUCUGUUAAGGUUCAAGGUCGCUAUCUACAAGAUCAUGUUUCUGAAUUAGUUUCAGAUGGAGUUCAUGAUGUUCAACCCAACAAAACAUCUUACUUGCUUCUCAAAGGAAAUGAUGAGUCCUUUGAGGAGCACUGCGAGCAAAUGUAUGGCUUCUUGCCAUGUACAAAUAACAUUUUUGGUCAUUUCUUUCUUAUUUUGGUUUAUGAGUAUUUGCUGUUCCAUGGAGAAUCAUAUUUGGCUGAAGGGGGUGAGCAAAUCUUCAAGAUUCUUGGCCCUGGUAUCUUUGGUGCUAGUGCUUUUCAUAUCCUUGGUGCCCUUCCAGAGUCCUUAAUUCUUCUCGUUUCUGGGCUUCUUGGUAAUAGGGAGAUAGCACAAGAGUAUGCUUACACUGGAGUUGGCUUAUUGGCUGGAUCAUCCAUCUUGCUUCUGACAGUAGUUUGGGGAAGCUGUGUUAUCACUGGCAGCCAAGAAUUUGACGGUUCUAACUUGGCACAUAAAAGUCUAAAAGCCUUAUUGACUGGUUGUGGCAUUACUACGGAUUUGGAAACCAGUUACACUGCAAGAAUCAUGGUUUUCUCAGUAAUACCACUUACAAUCAUGCAAAUCCCAAACUUAUUCCAAUUCUCUUCUUGGGCAAGAAGUGUGACCUUAGUAGUUGCUCUCAUUAUUACUGCCAUUUUUCUGAUCCUGUACUUCAUUUACCAGGUUUUUGAACCUUCGGUACAGAAAAGAAGACUGGAAUAUUUGAAACAUGAUCAUUUAAUAGCAAGAAUAUUACAACAUGUUCAAAAGAACACCCUGCAAAGGAUCCUCACCAAAAAUGGGACACCAAAUGUGAGUGCCAUAAGAAGGCUAUAUAGGGAAAUAGACCAAGAUGGGAGCAGUGGUAUAUCAGCUUCUCAAAUAAAAGAGCUUCUGCUUAAAAACAAAGUAACUGAAACAAAUUACGAUGAAGAGAAAGAAAUAAAAGAGGUGUUAGAUUUUUUUGACCGGGAUGGUGACCAAAAAAUAACCAAGGACGAAUUUGUGAGUGGCUUCACAAAAUGGCUUGAUCAAACAAAGCAUGCUUUAGAUAAACAGUAUUUUUCAAGGAAAUCACUUAAGGACAUAUAUCAGGUUUUUGGACCAUGGAUUGAAAACAAACAAAAAGAACGUGAAGGGAAGAAGCAACUCAUAUCUGAAAUCUUAAGGCAUGUUCAGAAUGAUAUGGUUGAAAGCCUUCUCACAGCAGAUGGAAAGCCUGAUGAACUUGCUAUCAGAGGGUUGUUUGAGAAAAUUGAUCGCAAUAGAGAUAACUGCAUCUCCCACUCUGAGUUGAGAGAACUAAUCAUGAACAUCAAGUUUGUUAAAGCAUCAAUGGAAGUGGAGGAUGCAGUUGCUAUAGUCAUUGAAGAACUUGACCUUAACAAAGACCAGUUAAUCAACGAGGAUGAGUUUGUUGCUGGGUUUGAGAAAUGGAUUAGCUCAACUUCGAGUCCUGCUCCUCUCUCAGAUUCUGAGUCUCAAGAAGAUAUGUAUGAAACAUGGGAAAAGGCUGACAUGGUGGUGGAAGAGAAGCAAAGCAAAGCAGUAAUUGAUAAAUCAAUAUGGGCAUGGUUGAAGGCUUUAACAUAUGUGGUGCUAGGAAUUGCUAUGCUAUCCAUUCUGGCUGAACCCCUAAUAGAAAGUGUCAAAAACUUCUCUAACAGUGCAGGACUUCAUUCAUUCUCCAUAUCAUUCAUUCUAAUCCCCUUGGCUACAAAUGCUAGAGAAGCAACUGCAGCAAUCAAAGAAGUAAGCCAUAAGAAGCCUAGAACUACUUCUCUUGCCAUUUCUGAGAUUUAUGGAGGGGUGUUCAUGAAUAACAUCCUUGGAUUCUUGGCAAUCUCAGUUCUGAUCUAUGUUCGAGAUGUCACUUGGCAAUUCUCAGCUGAAAUGCUGGUUGUUGCAAUUGUUUGUGCUAUAGUGGGCUCUAUUGCAAGUUUUAAGUCCACUUUUCCUCUAUGGUCAUCCUUAUGUGCAUUUCUCUUAUACCCAUUGUCCUUGGUUCUGGUUUUUGUGCUUGACCAUGUUCUCAAUUACACUUGACACCCCUUGGAGUUGUGCUGUGACCAAGUGAGAGAAGUAAGAGU